GGCGAGGGUGCCACGGGUAGGACCUCCUCCCUGCAGCCCUGCAGCCUCGCUCGCCAGCUGAGUAGCAUCAGGGCAACCUGUGUUGGGCUCCGGGGAUUCCGGUGACCUUGGACAGGUCCCUCUCCUGUUACUAAGUGUUCAGGGUGGGUUUUCCAGCGGUCCCCGCAGAUGGCUUGAGCUGCUCGUGCAAACACCGCGGACUUGCCCGGAGAAACGCCUGAAGGGCCAGUUCCCGACCCCCUACCACCAUGGCGUCCUGUGCAGAACCCUCUGAGCCCACAGCCCCACCGCUGGCUGGAGUCCCACCUCUGGAGGACUUCGAGGUGCUGGAUGGGGUCGACGCGGAGGGCGAGGAGGAAGAGGAGGAGGAGGCCGACGACGAGGACGAAGAUGACGAUGACCUCAGUGAGCUGCCACCCCUGGAGGACAUGGGACAGCCUCCAGCAGAGGAGACUGAGCAGCCAGGGGCCCUGGCCCGAGAGUUCCUCGCCUCCAUGGAGCCCGAGCCUGCCCCAGCCCCGGCCCCAGAAGAAUGGUUGGACAUUCUGGGGAACGGGCUAUUGAGGAAGAAGACACUGGUCCCCGGCCCGCCUGGCUCCAGUCGCCCGGCCAAGGGUCAGGUGGUCACGGUACAGCUGCAGACGUCACUGGAGAACGGCACACGGGUACAGGAGGACCCUGAGCUGGUGUUCACCCUGGGCGACUGCGACGUCAUCCAGGCCCUGGACCUCAGUGUCCCACUCAUGGACGUGGGUGAGACAGCCAUGGUCACAGCUGACUCCAAGUACUGCUACGGUCCCCAGGGCAGCAGGAGCCCGUACAUCCCCCCGAAUGCAGCCCUGUGCCUCGAAGUGACCCUGAAGACGGCCGUGGACGGUCCUGACCUGGAGAUGCUCACGGGGCAGGAGCGCGUGGCCCUGGCCAACCGGAAGAGGGAGUGCGGCAAUGCCCACUACCAACGGGCCGACUUCGUCCUGGCCGCCAACUCCUACGACCUCGCCAUCAAGGCCAUCACCUCCAGCGCCAAAGUGGACAUGACGUUCGAGGAAGAGGAGCAGCUCCUGCAGCUGAAGGUGAAGUGUCUGAACAACCUGGCGGCCUCCCAGCUGAAACUGGACCACUACCGAGCAGCCCUGCGCUCCUGCAGCCUCGUGCUGGAGCACCAGCCAGACAACAUCAAAGCGCUCUUGUGUUGGCUCAGCAGGGUGAAUACAGCGAGGCCAUCCCCAUCCUCAGGGCGGCCCUGAAGCUGGAACCUUCCAACAAGACGAUCCACGCAGAGCUCUCAAAGCUGGUGAAGAAGCACGCGGCCCAACGGAGCACGGAGACAGCCCUGUACCGGAAAAUGCUGGGCAACCCCAGCCGGCUGCCCGCCAAGUGUCCUGGCAAGGGUGCCUGGUCCAUCCCCUGGAAGUGGCUGUUUGGGGCGACUGCUGUGGCCCUGGGGGGCGUGGCGCUCUCUGUGGUCAUCGCUGCCAGGAAUUGAUCAGCCAGGCGUCUGCCAUCCCCCCUGCGCACCGUGGAUCCCAUCCCGCAAUCCCUAACGUCCCCAGGCUCCCUGUCCCCCGCCUUCCCCGGCCUAGUUCCCUCCUCCUCCGGGCUGGGGACAGCGAAGUUUGGGAAUCCAGGAACCCGGCAAGCAGGAGGGACUGAGGCCCUUUACAGAGGCGAGUCAGGCGGGGCCAGAGCACCAUGUCCAGCCUGGAGGGAGGGGCCCUCAAUUCCCCAGUUCUCGCCCCGACCCCGACCCCCCCCCUUAGGUCUCAUCGGGACCAGCCUCAGUUUCUCCUCAACAGGCCUGGGGGCAGCCUUUCCCUGACCCAGUCCCUGCCCAAGUGCCAGCCCCUCCUGUCCCGCCUGCUGUCCUGUCUCGGCUCCUCCCUGACCAUGAAAUAAAGCCUCCCACCCCGCGCA